AUGAAGUUUGUACACGUUCUGUUGUUGCUCCUCAUUUUGCCUUCCGAGCUUAGAAGUCAAGAAGAUGACGACUUUUCGAAUAUGGGUUUGGAGUGGACGUCGCUCUACGUGGAGACAUUGCUCACGGUGCUGAAACACAUUUCCAUCAUAGCGCUGCUUUGCCACUUCACCGCUUGCGCCUGGUUUGCCUUGGGCGACCUAUCGGCAGAUGACAUGACAUGGAUUGUCACGUACAAGGAGCGGCUGAAUCUACCGGCCGAGACAGAGUGGUUCUUCAUGUAUGCGCUGUCACUUCACUGGGCACUCACUCAGUUCACCCCAGCGGCGAUGGACGUGGUUGCGGUCAAUACAUCCGAGCGCCUGUUCUCACUUUUUGCGACGCUCUCCGGAUUGAUCAUGUUCAGCUUCUUCAUCGGCUCCAUCAACCAGUCGCUUGCACGGCUGAGCACACUGACCGCGCAAGAGGUGCGAACUGGCCAGCUCGUAAGACGCUACGUGACCGAGAAGCGUGUGUCCGUAGAGCUCUCGGCGGACAUCCUCCGCUGCAUACGGCAGCGUGGUAUUGGCCGAGAGACAAGUAAGGUGGUCUUCAGCGACAUUCCCGCCUUGCAGCACCUUCCCGACAAGGUGCGCAGCGCGCUGAAGCAGGAGGUAGGGAUGCCCAUCCUGGAGACGCAUGGCAUGAUCCGCCAUGCGGCGUUGAUCAACUACGGCGACAUUGCUCCGCUGUGCGCGCACGCCCUCAAGGAGCUGAGCGUGGUCUACAGGGAGGAGCUUUUCCAAGCCGGUGCCAAGGGUGACUUGAUGUACUUCGUUCGAGACGGCAAGUUGCACUACAGCUGGGAGGAGACUCCUCACCUUGUCGAGGACGUCUUGCCGGGUAUGCGGGUCAGUGAGGCGGCUCUUUGGUUGAACUGGGAGUAUCGCGGCCGCCUAGGUUGCGGCACACAGAGCGCCCACAUUUUCCAGCUUGAGGCGGAGGGCUUCCGCAAGGUGAUUGCGCGAAGCUCCCACAUGGACCUCUUUGCACUCUAUGCGCGGCUCUUCUUGAAGUCGCUCAGCGACUGCUUCAACUGCGUGGAGGACGAAGCGACGGACCUCUUCGGCGAUGAUGAGCAGGUCAGCAAGAUGCUACGACUGUCAAGCUUGAUGACCUCGGGCGCCGGCAAUCAGUCCGUGGACAUUCGGGCCGUCUUUGUAGCCUGGAAGGGGGUUGCGGCGGCGGGCCAACAGCCCUUGCGUCAAGUCAGGAGGACGCUGCUUUCUAUGCCACGCAUGGCCCGAUCGCUUUUUGGCUUUCGGCGGGCACAUUCAAGCAGCAGUGAGAGCUUGGCAUAG